CGAGUGUGUGUGAGAGGAGUCAGUGUGCUGCCUGCACUCGUUCAACACACGCACACCCACCCACACACACACACACUGGAGCCUCUGAAUGUGUGCGUGCUAGGACGAGUGUGUGUGUGCGUGUAAGUGUGUGUGUGUGUGAGUGUGUGAGAGACUCUAAAGUCUUUCGGUCUAACUCUGAGCUCUGGGCAGGUGGGAAUGACAUGAACAUCCAGGAGAAGAAGAGAGGGAGAGACUUACGAGGACAGCAAGUCUUCCGGAGAGCUGAUGAGCCGCCUGCGUCCUCACACACCUUACAGGAUGCAUUGCUACGGCUGGCCUCCAUUGUUGAUGCCAGCAGCCUCCGAGCAGAGAUUAAAGAGACACUGGAGGCUGUGCUGCCCAAAGUGGAGAGCGUGUUCGUGUACCUGCUGGAGGCGGAGUCUCGGAUGCGAUGUGAAGAUCCACCUCAUGACCUUCACGCAGAAGGCAAGCUCAGGGAGGUGUUGGUGCAGAAGAAGAGAGCAGUGUGUGUCGGUCUACCAUCCACAGAGCUGCAAGAGAAGCAGAGGACAAGCCUGGCAGCACCUCUCCCACCUGAAAAGCGAGUUGUGAUCAUUCCAUUGGUGGAUGAGGAUGAAGACAAGGUCUUGUCCCUCGUUUUGGUUUGCUGCCAUCAGCUCACUGACCAGGAUGAGCAGAACCUUAAUCUCCUGGAGAAACAUCUCAUCGUUGCCUGUAAACGAGUGCAGGCGAUCCAGAGGAGCGCGGUGCAGCCCGUAACCCAAUCCCACAAUGCACCGCUCCACACUAACACCGCGAGUGAGAAAGAGAGAGACUACAGAGAGCUGGACCGCAAGAUCCUACAGCUGUGUGGUGAGCUCUAUGAUCUGGACGCCGCAUCACUUCAGCUCAAAGUCAUCAACUAUCUGCAGAAAGAGACUCAGUCUCAGUGUUGCUGUCUCCUGCUGGUGUCUGAGGACAACCAUCAACUAUUCUGUCAGGUGGUUGGAGACAAAGUUCUGGAAGAAGAGAUCAGCUUUCCUCUGAUGUUCGGACGCUUUGGGCAGGUGGUGGAGAAAAAGAAAUCCAUCACCUUACAGGAUGUUAGCCAGGAGGAGAGAAGGCAGCUCAGCAGUAUGUUGGGGUUUGAAGCUCACUCCAUGCUGUGUGUGCCGGUGGUGAGUCAGGCUACUGCCCAGGUGGUGGCGCUAGCGUGCACCUUCAACAAGAAGGGAGGGCAGAAAUACUCCGCCGCAGAUGAACACAUGAUCCAGCACUGUUUCUGCUACACCUCCACGGUGCUCACCAGCACACUCGCCUUUCAGAAAGAACAGAAACUAAAGUUUGAGUGUCAGGCUCUACUUCAAGUGGCCAAAAACCUCUUCACACACCUCGACGAUGUGUCGGUUCUACUGCAGGAGAUCAUUGUGGAGGCUCGGAACCUGAGUAACGCCGAGAUUUGUUCAGUGUUCCUGCUCGACCGUGUCAGUCAUGAACUCGUGGCCAAAGUGUUUGAUGGUGGUGUAGUGAACGAUGAUGAGAAGGAGUUCCGUAUCCCAGCGGAUCAGGGCAUCGCCGGUCACGUGGCCACAACAGGAAAAAUCCUCAACAUCAAGGACGCGUACUCGCACCCGCUGUUCUAUCGCGGCGUGGACGACAGCACGGGGUUCCGCACACGCAACAUCCUCUGCUUCCCCAUCAAGGAUGAGAACGGAGAUGUUAUCGGUGUUGCCGAGUUGGUGAAUAAGACAAACGGUCCGUGGUUUAACCGGUUCGAUGAGGACUUGGCCACGGCCUUCUCCAUCUACUGCGGGAUCAGCAUCGCCCAUUCUUUGCUGUAUAAGAGGGUACACGAGGCUCAGUUCCGGAGUCACCUGGCCAAUGAGAUGAUGAUGUACCACAUGAAGGUGUGUGAGGAGGAGGUGGUCCGGCUGCUGAUGAGAGGAAUCGACCCUGUACACACCCUCCACCCCAACUUCUCUCAGUUCACCUACACACCGCGCUCCCUGCCCGAUGACACCACGCCCAUGGGAAUCCUGAGUAUGUUUGAGGACAUGGGCUUCAUAAACACCUACAAGAUUGACCUGCACACUCUGGCCAGGUUCUGCCUGAUGGUGAAGAAGGGUUAUAGAGAUCCGCCCUACCACAACUGGACGCACGCGUUCUCUGUGUCUCACUUCUGUUACCUGCUUUAUAAGAACCUGGAGCUCAACAACUACCUCGAGGAUAUUGAGAUUCUCGCUUUGUUUGUGUCCUGCAUGUGUCACGAUCUGGACCACCGCGGAACAAACAACUCCUUCCAAGUGGCCUCGAAAUCUGUUCUGGCAGCCCUGUACAGCUCUGAAGGAUCAGUCAUGGAGAGACAUCACUUUGCUCAGGCCAUUGCCAUCCUGAACACACACGGCUGCAACAUCUUUGAGAAGUUCUCCAGAAAGGACUACCAGAGGAUGCUGGACCUGAUGAGAGACAUCAUACUGGCCACUGAUUUGGCUCAUCACCUGCGCAUCUUUAAAGACCUGCAGAAGAUGGCAGAGGUCGGGUACAACCCGAAGAACCGGACGCACCGCAGCCUGCUGUUGUGCCUACUGAUGACCUCCUGUGACCUCUCAGACCAGACCAAGGGCUGGAAGACCACCAGGAAGAUCGCUGAGCUGAUCUACAAAGAGUUUUUCUCUCAGGGUGAUCUGGAGAAGGCGAUGGGGAACAGGCCCAGUGAGAUGAUGGACAGGGAGAAGGCGUACAUCCCAGAGUUACAGAUCAGCUUCAUGGAGCACAUCGCGAUGCCCAUCUACAAGCUGCUGCAAGAGAUUUUCCCGCGAUCAACAGAACUGUACGAGCGAGUGGCGGCGAAUCGUGAGCAGUGGACCAAAGUUUCACACAAGUUCACCAUCCGCGGUUUACCCAGCAACAACUCGCUGGACUUCCUGGACGAGGAGUACGAGCUGAUGCAGGCUCAGGGGGCGUUCGGGGACGACGGGCACCGCAUGAACGGCUGCCUGGACGACGAGUGCGGCAAGGCGGAGCAAUGAGACGUCCCCGGAACGCAGCGUUUUCAUUCAGAGACAGGUGGACUUUACACCGUGACGUCGUCUCAGAGAGGACGGCGCCGUAGAGCGAACUGACCGCGAUGCGAUCACAGGACUGUCAAGACACUGGAGUUUUGUGGGCGGAGCUGAUAUGCUGCAGAUAAUGAUGUCAUUUCCUGCCAUACGAACUUUUUGCGCAAGCAGAACACGGGGACCGAUGGGGGGGAGGGGGGAGUGGGUGGAGCCUUGUGUUUUCUUGUCGAAUAUUUCCGAGAUCUGUUCUUUAAUUAUUUGCGUAACGUUUUGAUAGCUGAACAAAGCCGGAGUGUUUGGUUUUAUAAUAUAUUUUCUGUCCUGCUGUAAACGUUAUAAACUCCAUCCGGAUGUAAAGAAGUGAAUUUAAGUUGAUAAAGUUUACAGGAAAUGUUUGCGUCAGCGUCGCCGUAGGAAUGUCAUUGUCGCAAGCUAGCUUUUUAAUUUCCCGCGCAGAACGAGUUGUUUUAAAGACAAUCAGAAGUCCUUCACGUCCCUUAUUCAUCCGCAUGAGUGAGUGAGACUUCCUAUGAUGAGAGAACACUCGACAUGAGGCCAUUCUCUCUCUCUCUCUCACACACACUCACUCACACAGACACACACACACACACAGACAAGCCCAGUUCCCAGUUUCAUGAUUUUUGCUUUGAAUUGUUUAAAAAGUUUUAAACCGUGGGCUUGCGGUUGAUCCGACACUCUGCAGCGCCGAAAACACACCUAAUGUAAAUUACUUUAAAAUCUCUGUGUGAUGUUCACAAUCUACUGAUCCCUACAACCUGCACACACACACGCACGCAUGCUCAAAAGUUCCUUUGUUUUUGUUAACUGAUUUAUUUUCUACAUUCGACAACAAUACUGUGGAUUUCAAAACUAUAAAGUAACACAUAUGGAAUUAUGUACUUAUGUAACAACAACAACAACAUCAAUCAGUUGUUACUGAGGUCAGCUGUUCUGGACCAGAUCUCACAAGAACAGUAUUGUGUCGAGUGUGUUUGUAAAACCCAUCAAGCUCCAUGAUGAUGAAACUGUCUCUCAUGAAGACCAAACCUGAGCUCUGCUGCAGAGGAGAAGUUCAUUUAGAGUCACCAGCCUCAGAAAUCACCAAUUAACAACCAGCACCUCAGAUUAGAGCCGUUAUGAAGCUUUACAGAGCAGAAGGAGCAGAUAAACAUCUCAAUAUCAACUGUUCAGAGGAGAUUAUUGUGUGUUUGGGAUAAUAAACACCUUCAGUAUUGUUUUUAGAGAGAAAUAAACAUCAGGGACGACCAGGGAGUUAGAAGGGGGGUACAAACUUUUGACUUGUAGUGCGUGUGUAUGGAGCUUAAAAUUCUUCCUCGUCAUGUGACACACAGCUGCUCCGCUUUCGACUCACGUCAGUAAUGUUCAGACGUGACCUUUAAGAAACGCACCACGACCCUGCGCGACGAGCCGAAGCUCUGCUGGUUUUGUUUUUGUGCAUGUUCAGAAGCUUCACAGUCCAGACCAGCAGGCUGCGCCUCACUGCGGGUCGCCCCUACACACCCCGCUAACACACGCCCCUACCGUAUAACCCAGUAUUGGGAAUACUGUACGAUCCCUAGCAAAAAAACUCAUGAGAGUGAGAACUGGACUUUCAUACAUUCACAACUUUCAAUGACUUUUCACACGUUUCUCUCAAAAGGCUGCUGAAGGUUUUGCCCUCGACCCCUCCCUCACCCUGUCACGUGACUCGGGUUCAGGAAAGCCGAAAUAUCUGCACUCGUUUUCCCCUCACAGGCCGCGAUCCGAACCACGUCUGAUGAGUUAAAGGCCACUACAGUACAAACCUCCUGGGGACGUCACACCCGCGGCGGCGGCGCUCCGACCUCCUGUACAUAACGCAACCAGAGGAACUUUAAGGGCUACGGCGCCCUCCGAGGCACGUGAAGAGGUUCACUACUCAGGCGGAAAAUAGAAAUAUGUACAAAUAUGGAUUUGCCUUAUCACGUUUAUGUUGCCUUUUUGAGUAAACACUGUACACACACACACACUUUUAAAGCUGCAGGUGUGUUAGCGGAGGUGUGAAAGUCAACCCCCCACCCCCCCAGCCUAAAUCCAAGCAGACUAAGAAUAAAUUAGAUUGCAGUAAUUAAUCUCUAAUUCAAUCAAUAAAGAGGUCUAAUUGUGUGUUUCCUGUUAAUAUUUUUUUAGAAAUGAUGUACAGAGGAACAAAUUUUAUCUGUUCAUUCAUUAACUCGUCUUCAGGAAUACUGCAGAUAAAUCCAGAUGUUUU